GUAAGAGACAGCUGCCCGGAGCCUGGACCUUCUCCCAGACGAGACUGAACCAACGCUAACCUCGGAUCUGACAUUAAAGGGAAACAUUUUUUUUUUUUUACUGCUGAACAAGGUCACAAUUGAGAGACCCGGAGGUGGUGGCAUCCCUGGCCCAGCAGAAUGCCAAGAUGGCGAGUUUACUCCCUCACACAGGCAAAGAUGUGUUCCAGCGCUUCACGCUGGAGUCGCUCGCCGAGAUCGAGCGACGGAUGGCAGAGGAAGCAGCCGAAAAGGCGCGGAUGAAGGCCGAGAAUAUCGAGGUGGAUGAGGAUGACCUCCCCAAACCCAGCAGUGAUUUGGAGGCAGGAAAGGUCCUUCCGUUCAUCUAUGGAGACCCUCCACCAGAACUCCUCAAUGUCCCGCUGGAAGAGUUGGAUCCAUUUUACAAAGCACAAAAAACUUUCAUUGUGAUAACCAAAGGAAAUACCAUAUACCGAUUCAAUGCUGAACCUGCCUGCUACAUUCUGAGUCCCUUCAGCCUCACUCGACGAAUAGCCAUCAGAAUACUCAUACAUUCACUGUUUAGCAUGUUCAUCAUGAUAACCAUCUUGUCAAACUGUGUGUUCAUGACAAUGAGUGAUCCUCCAGCCUGGAGCAAAACAGUAGAGUAUGUCUUCACUGGCAUUUACACAUUUGAGGCUAUGGUAAAAGUGCUAUCCAGGGGCUUUUGCAUUGGUAGUUUCACAUUCCUUCGAGAUCCUUGGAAUUGGCUGGAUUUCAUGGUCAUCAGUAUGGCGUACCUGACAGAGUUUGUAGACCUGGGGAACGUAUCGGCUCUAAGGACCUUCCGGGUUCUCCGUGCCCUCAAAACAAUCACUGUGAUUCCAGGUCUAAAAACCAUCGUCGGCGCCCUGAUUCAGUCGGUGAAGAAACUGGCAGAUGUCAUGAUCCUCACUGUCUUCUGUCUCAGUGUGUUCGCUCUCAUCGGCCUGCAACUCUUUAUGGGAAAUCUACGACAAAAGUGCAUCAUAUGGCCUCCUUUUAACCUGACCAAUGAAACACUGACCUCAGACUUCAAUUACACAAGCUUCAAUGGCACAGAUGAUGGCAACGGCACUUUCGACUUUCGUAAAUACAUUGAUGAUCCAGCGCAUCACUACCGUGUGCCUGGCCAUAUGGAUGCAUUACUGUGUGGGAACAGUUCGGAUGCAGGUAAGUGUCCUGAGGGAUACACAUGCAUGAAAGCUGGCCGAAAUCCAAAUUAUGGCUACACCAGCUAUGACACCUUCGCAUGGGCUUUCUUAGCCCUCUUUCGGCUUAUGACUCAAGACUUCUGGGAAAAUUUAUUCCAGUUGACCCUCCGUGCCGCUGGGAAGACCUACAUGAUCUUUUUCGUGGUCAUCAUCUUCUUGGGCUCGUUCUACCUCAUCAAUCUGAUUCUGGCUGUGGUGGCGAUGGCGUACGCAGAACAAAAUGAAGCCACAAGAGCAGAAGCCAAAGAAAAGGAGGAAGAGUACGCACGAAUCAUGGAUCAGCUCAAGAAACAAGCUGUGCAGAAGCAUAUCAUUGUACACGGCAGUAAUACAUCACUGUCCAGUGUAAAGAAAGGUGAAGAUGACUUCGAUGGGGGUGGCAAGUGGCAUCAUGACUUUGAUGGUAUCGCACUAAAGCCCAUUUCAAGUAGAGAGGGGGGUGCUGAGAUAACAAACGGAUCCAGAGGAACUAUGACCUACCUAGAAGUUCCUGGCCAACAAAUCAGAAAACAAAGUGCAGUUAGUGCAACAGAAAACACUAUGGAAGAGCUGGAGGAUAUUCAAAGGCCAUGUCCUCCCUGCUGGUACAAGUUUUCCGACAUAUUCCUCAAAUGGAACUGCUGCACACCGUGGGUGAAAUUAAAGAGGAUUGUCUACAUUAUUGUAAUGGACCCAUUUACGGAUCUGGGCAUUACCAUCUGCAUUGUGCUCAACACCAUGUUCAUGGCCAUGGAGCAUUAUCCAAUGACUCCUGAGUUUGAAUAUAUGUUGACUGUGGGGAACUUGGUUUUCACAGGCAUUUUCACCGCAGAAAUGGUCCUGAAACUUAUCGCGCUGGACCCGUAUUAUUACUUCCAAGUUGGCUGGAAUAUUUUUGAUAGCAUUAUUGUAACCAUGAGUCUGGUGGAGCUGGGCUUGGCCAAUGUUCAGGGCUUGUCUGUGCUGAGGUCUUUUCGUCUGAUGCGUGUGUUCAAGCUGGCUAAGUCAUGGCCCACCCUUAACAUGCUGAUAAAGAUCAUUGGCAAUUCUGUGGGUGCUCUUGGAAACCUCACCCUCGUCCUGGCCAUCAUUGUCUUCAUCUUUGCUGUGGUGGGGAUGCAGCUUUUUGGAAAGAGCUAUAAGGACUGUGUGUGUAAGAUCGCAGAGGAUUGUGAGCUGCCACGCUGGCACAUGCACGAUUUCUUCCAUUCAUUCCUCAUCAUCUUUCGUAUUCUGUGCGGGGAGUGGAUUGAAACCAUGUGGGACUGCAUGGAGGUGGCUGGCCAGGGCAUGUGCAUCGUAGUCUUUAUGAUGGUCAUGAUUAUUGGAAACUUGGUGGUGCUGAAUCUCUUCCUGGCCUUGCUACUGAGCUCUUUCAGUGGGGACAAUUUGUCAGCAUCUGAUGAUGAUGGGGAGACAAACAAUCUUCUGAUCGCCAUUUCUAGAAUCACAAGAGCCAUUGACUGGGUAAAAGCGUUUGUUAUCAGGCAAGCCAGACGGUUGCUGUGCCUGAAGCCAAAGGAAGAAGGUGGGAAAGCAAAUAAAGAGGAUGAUUCCAAACCGGCCAUCAUGAAUUCCAACACAAUAGUCAUCAAGGUGCCCAUAGCCAAUGGUGAAUCUGACUUGGACAGCCCUUGUGAUGAAGAUGACAGCUUUUCAGAGGAUGAAGACAAAGAUGUCAUUUAUAACGACACUAAAAUAAAAGAUGGAGAUGAAUCUUCAACCUGCAGCACAGUAGACAAACCUCUUGAUAUGCUUGAUUCAGAAUCAGAGAUUGAAGAGGAUUCGACCAUACCUGAGGACUGCUACACACAACAAUGUAUCAGGCGAUGUCCUUGCCUGGACCUUGAUGUUGAUUAUGGAUCAGGAAAGGUGUGGUGGAACUUUCGUAAAACCUGCUUUGCUAUUGUGGAACACAACUUAUUUGAAACCUUUAUCAUCUUCAUGAUUCUCCUCAGCAGUGGAGCGCUGGCAUUUGAGGACAUAUACAUCGAACAACGGAGAACGAUCAGAAUCAUCCUUGAAUAUGCAGAUCAGGUCUUCACCUAUGUGUUCGUCGUUGAAAUGCUUCUGAAAUGGUCGGCUUAUGGUUUCAAAGUCUAUUUCACGAAUGCUUGGUGUUGGCUGGACUUUCUUAUCGUUGAUGUGUCACUGAUCAGCCUGACAGCAAAUAUUUUAGGCUACUCUGAACUGGGGGCCAUUAAAUCUCUCCGAACUUUGAGAGCCUUGAGACCUCUUAGAGCUCUGUCCAGAUUUGAAGGAAUGAGGGUGGUGGUGAAUGCCCUGGUAGGGGCCAUCCCAUCCAUCUUCAACGUUCUCCUGGUGUGUCUCAUCUUCUGGCUCAUCUUUAGCAUCAUGGGCGUGAACCUUUUCGCUGGAAAGUUUUACUUUUGCUACAACAUGACAUCCGAAGAAAAAUUCCUUCCCUCUGUGGUCAACAAUAAGUCUGAAUGCGUUGCACUCGCAGAGGUUCAUGAUGAUGUGCGAUGGAUGAACCUGAAGGUCAACUAUGAUAACGUUGGCAUGGGCUACCUCUCCUUACUGCAAGUGGCAACAUUUAAAGGAUGGAUGGACAUCAUGUACGCUGCAGUGGAUUCCAGUGAUAUCGAAAUGCAGCCGGAUUACGAGGCCAAUCUCUACAUGUAUCUUUACUUUGUUAUUUUCAUCAUCUUUGGCUCUUUCUUCACCCUUAACCUGUUCAUCGGUGUUAUCAUUGAUAAUUUCAACCAGCAGAAGGCAAAGAUAAGAGGAAAAGAUAUCUUCAUGACAGAGGAACAGAAGAAGUACUACAACGCCAUGAAGAAACUUGGCUCCAAGAAGCCACAGAAACCUAUUCCAAGGCCUACGAACUGCUGUCAAGGCUUGGUAUUCGACUUUGUCACCAAGCAAUUCUUCGACAUCUUUAUCAUGGUUCUGAUCUGUCUUAAUAUGGUGACCAUGAUGGUGGAGACAGAUGAUCAGAAUCAAGAAAAGGAAAAUAUUUUAUACUAUAUCAAUCUGAUCUUCAUCGUGAUCUUCACCGCGGAGUGCGUUCUAAAGCUCAUCGCCCUGCGAUACUACUAUUUCUCUGUCGGGUGGAACGUCUUUGAUUUCGUUGUGGUCAUUCUUUCAAUCGUAGGUCUGUUGCUGGCGGACAUUAUUGAGAAAUACUUCGUUUCACCCACACUUUUCCGUGUCAUCAGACUGGCCAGAAUCGGACGCGUCCUGCGUCUUAUUCGCGGUGCGAAAGGAAUCAGGACGUUACUGUUUGCGCUGAUGAUGUCACUUCCUGCACUCUUCAACAUCGGCCUCCUGCUUUUCCUAAUCAUGUUUAUUUUCUCAAUAUUUGGCAUGUCCAACUUUGCGUAUGUCAAGAAAGAAGGUGUCAUCGAUGACAUGUUCAACUUUGAGACCUUCGGCAACAGCAUCAUAUGCUUGUUCAUGAUCACGACGUCCGCUGGCUGGGAUGGCCUGCUGUCACCCAUUCUCAAUAGUGGCCCACCAGACUGCGACCCAGAUCUGGAAAACCCAGGUUCGUCCGUCAGGGGCAACUGCGGGAGCCCGGCGGUGGGAAUCGUCUUCUUCUGCAGCUACAUUGUAAUGUCAUUCCUUGUCGUAGUGAACAUGUACAUAGCCAUUAUUCUGGAAAACUUCAACGUAGCGACAGAGGAGAGCAGCGACCCCUUGUGCGAGGACGAUUUUGAGAUGUUCUACGAAACCUGGGAGAAGUUCGAUCCGUCCGCGUCUCAGUUUAUCAGUUACGGCAUGCUGUCGGAGUUCUGCGACACGUUGAAAGAGCCACUGAGAGUCGCCAAACCCAAUGAGGCAAAAUUGGUUUUGAUGGACCUACCCAUGGUCCCUGGAGACAGGAUCCACUGUCUGGACAUCCUGGUAGCCCUUACUACAGAAGUGCUGGGAGAUUCCGGCCAGAUAGAUGCCAUGAAAUCAACCAUGGAGGAAAAGUUUAUGGCCAACAAUCCCUCGAAAGCUUCGUACGAGCCCAUCACCAGCACUUUUAGGCGCAAACAAGAGGAGGUGUCUGCUUCGACUAUUCAGAGGGCUUACCGCGCGCACGUGCUUAAACGCUCCCUCAAACACGCCUCAUAUAUAUACAGAGAGAAAACAGGCAAAAAGGGAAAAGAUGAGGAGGCUCCAGAGAAGCUGGGGAUGAUCGCUAAGAGAAUGAACUAUCUAUAUGGAGAUCAGGGCUUUGAGGACGACCAAGCGUCUACCAUCUCUUUCCCUCAGCCAGGAAAAAAGCAGCAGAAGGUUAAAGGUGCCCCGGUGAGGGUUCAAAGCGAUGUAGUCUUGUACUCCGCCCCCUUUCCCGUCCCUAAGUCCUCAACGGUCGUGACGACUUCAAGAGAGUCCCUUGUGUAGCAGAAAUCAAACAACCUUAGGAAUGCACCGCAAUACUGAGACCCAUCUUCAAUGUUCAGCGCUGGCACACGUAGCCAGUGUUGAAGAAACUGCAGUGAUUUAGGAGCGAUCACCUGAUUGAGAUGGCAAAAGUUUGUGAUCAGUAUAAUAUAUGCAAUCAAUACUCCCUGUUUAUCAGUACUGCCUUUAAGAAGACAAUCGCUGACCGGCACUGGAGAGGAUUGGGCUGUAAGCUUGAUCUGUUAGUGCAUAUAUCAAAGCAGCAUAAAAUGUUUUUGAUGCACAAACCUUUAGACAACGCUAGAGACGGUUUUUAAAAGUACACUCUAAAAAUUGCUUGGUUAUUUUAAACCCAGCGCUGGCUCAAAAUGAGACAAACCCAAUCUGGUUGGUUGUUAUUUAUCCUAUUCUAAAAUGCAACCCAUUGUUGGGUCAAAUAUAAACAUUUACUGUAAGCCAGAGUUUGGUUUUUCUUUCUUUGAAAAUAACCCAGCAUUUUAUAGAGUGUAUGAAUUGUAAGCACAACAAUAUUGCAGGAAAAAUUUACUAACUUUAUUUAACUAUAUUUUUCAUUUAGGUACACUCUGGGUUAAAUGCUUGUUUGUUUUAACCCAUAGCUGGGUUUGUCCAUAUUUUACCCAACUGUGGAUUGAAACAAUCCAGUAUUUUUAGUGUUUAUGUAGAAUGUAUGUAUCCAUUUUUGUCACAUUUUUUAUGUUGCAUUAGAUUUAAAAAGCAACACUGUUCUAAUAGAUGAUUUUGCACUAACUGGUAAGAAUUCAAUUUAACAAAGCUGCCUUUAAAAAUCAUAUUAGUCUUAAUACAGUAGUUCACUGUAAAAGCAUGUGAAAAUAUGUUUGUCUUGCUGCAUUACUGAUAAAAAAUAAUUCAGUCAUCUUCUCAUACAAUAGUACUCCUGUAGUAUUGUAAUCGCUGCCUGCAAGCAUUAAAUAAACAUUAAAAGCAUUAGAAUUGUCCCUAAAAACAUCUCACUUUAGGCAAUCCCACCCAAGACUAUUUAAUAUCAAAUAAUAUGCAGUCUAGCAUUUAACUGCCCAUCUGAAAAUAAUGUAAAAUAUGGAUUUAUUUUUAAUUAUUUUUUUUCUUUUAAUGAGCCUGUUUUCAAACUUGCAAUUUGUUAACUCCAAGUAUAAAAUCUGUGAAAUUGCUUUUUUAAUUUUAUAUUUAUUAUGAGCCAGAUAUGCAUUUCUAGUUUAUAUAGUGGUAGAGGAAAAAAAUCCGUCAGCCACAUUUUUUCUCUGUCAUGUUUUAAAAAAUAGAUUUUUUAAAUGAUGCAAUAAAAACAUUUAUAAUUACAUAAUUAUGCACCAUUGAUUCAUAAAAAUGCUAUUUGCUGAAAAUUGGCUGCUUGAGACACUGCCUGCUCUAUAUUUAAGACACAUUUAAAACAUGACAAUUUAUUUUCUUGUUGCUGAAGUAGCAGAAUUUUUUUUGGUUUAAUAAAAUGCUUUGUAUAUUUCUAGAUUAAUUUAAUUUAAUCAUUAAACAAUAAUGCCCCCAUUCUUAUUUUUAUUUUAAAUGAACAUUAAGUCAAUUAUUUCUUUCUUAUGCUUUUAAAUGUAUACUUUUAUUUAUAGGAUUAUUUAACUUAUAUUUUUUGUAAUGCAAACAAUUGUAAACGAAGAGUAGAUUUUUAAGCCAUAUUUUGAGGUUGUUUUUUUAAGUCUUAAGACAUAAAAUCCAAAUGAUAGCACUUUGAUAAGAUGCAAAGCUCCGCUAUAGCUGUCUUAUGAGAACAUACGGUAUUCCUCAGUUGUAAAUUAGGUUACUGAUGAUAGUUGAAUAACUUACUAAUGGGCAAUAAAUUGGAUAUGACAAAUUCAAAAUAAUAAUCAAAGUCCACCUCUGAAUGUCAUUUUAUACACCAAUAAUAUUCUAUUUUCUAUUUAAAUCAUAAUAAAGACAAUGCAAUGUUCACUGAACAGUUAUGCAAUGAAAAUACAGAAAAAAUAAUAAGCUGGACUUUAAUGUUCUGCUAGAUGUUUUAACCCUGAUUAAUGUUACUGUACCUUACAGUAAAUUUACGACUCGUGUUCAAUGCAUCUGUUACUUCAUCACAUCUGCUAAAUGCAUGUUGUGGAUGUCACAUUUUGCAAGUAUUGAAAGAUCUGUACAUUUGACUGUAUAUUCUUGAUCUGUUUACAAUAUUGGAAUAAACUGUUUUUGACUCUA